AAAAACAUUUUAUUAAUUUGUAAUAAUUAUCUCUCAUUUGCUCUCACUCUUCUGUCCCCCGAAGUCUUACCCACCCAAAUCUAGGGUUUCAAAUUCCAAAUUCCUCCAUUUUCGUCGCUUCUUGCAAGCCGCCUUGUUUCUCUCUUAUGAGGGUUUAUGCACUAUUGGGGAUUUAGAGAUAAGGCAGCGAUUUAAUUUUACUUCUGAAAAUGAACCAAGCAAUUCAAGUGGAUCAUUCCAAUACCCAACUUGCCCUCCCUAUGAAGCGAAAACGGGGCCGACCAAGGAAGGAUCCCAGUCUUCCUCGUAUGAGAAGUGUUCAAAGACCACUGGGUGUUGAUAGUGUGAAAAAUAACCAAACCCCGCAAAUUGAGAAAAAUAUUGAUGUAAAUGACGCCAUGGUUGGUAAGGCAGUUACUGGUAUUGUUGAGGCUGUGUUCGAUGCCGGUUAUUUGCUCAGUAUUAGAAUUGGGGACAGCAAUACCAACUUGAGGGGCAUUGUCUUUAAGCCUGGACAUUAUGUUCCUAUAACAGCAGAAAACGAUGUUGCUCCACAUGUUCAGAUGAUACAAAGAAACGAAACCCAGAUACCUGUAGAGAAUCAAAAGCAUGGACAUAAGCGAUUCAGGCAGAAACAAGUAAAUCGGGCUUCAAAAGCCAUGGUUGCAUCCUUGACAGUAGUAGCCCCUUCAGUCCCACCGGUGGGUGCUAGAGGCACCUUGGUUCCCGUUGUACUCCAGCCUGUUAACCUGACAAAUGGAGCAAGCACUAGUCAAGUGUCUUCGGAUGCAUCCCAAGCUGCUUUCCAAGAAAAGGAUGUGCAGAUGGUUAAACCCUUAGCUAUGCUACCACCCGUUGGAUCAACAACCAUGACGAACACACAUGUAGUGUUACCUUCACUAACACAAGCCGCCCAGCAAGUAGCAUCAAACAAUUUGCAGAAUGAAAAUGAUUCAGUUAGUGAGAAAAGAAGAGAUGUUAGCAAAGGUCCUGAGGGAAUACAGCGAUCCUCACUGCCAUCAGAAAAUUCACGUCAAGAAAUUGGGGACAUGAAUGAGCCUCCAUUGACAGAAACUUCCGAAGCUGUACAGCCCAAUCCUCACAACUCUAAAUCUAUUUCCAAGACAUUCAUGAACUAUGGCACUGGCAGGAUGACUGAGCUUUUACAGGCUUUGCAGGAAAAUUUGAUCGAGAUCCAGAAACCCGAUGGUCGGGACUUGGCAGUUGGUCUGAGAAACGAGUCUAAUGGAAUGAAGUUUACAGAAAGUGAGGAUAGACGCGGGACAGCUCUUCAAUAGCUCUAGGUCCUCUUGUCCAUAAAUGCCAUCACUUUGUAUUGUAUAGCAGUCAAGAGCAAGAACCCCACAGAGCUUGGGAAGUCAUACUGGGUUAUGGAGCAAGCUGGUUAACAAUAGUUUACUGUGUUUAGGUUUUACAAAUUUAGACAAACACGACUAAUUUUCAAGGUUUAAUUUGUUGUGUACAAGUCCUCGCAAACCCUUUUGGUUAAUGACUUUCCAUGUUUGACUAUCCUUGGAAAGCAUUGGAUUUCUUUGUUUUUUUGUUUUUUUCAAACACCAGUACUGUUAAUGUUCUAGCUGGAGUUUACAUGAAUUAAUGUAAUUAAGGCUCCACUUCAAAGGUACAAACAUGUGGGAUUGGAAUGUAACUGGAUAUGGCAGUAUUCUCCUUUAGUAUAUAUGUAAGGGAAAAACA